GAAGAAUUCCCCUUUCCUAUACGUGUAGUUUAAUAUGGUAUCAGAGCAUCUCUAAACUACACGCUACCUUCUUCUUCCAAAACACGACCAUGACAAACGAAAAUCAACCAAGGCGGAAGAUCAAUGACCCAACUUCCCCGUAUUACCUGUCCAAUUCAGAUUUCCCAGGUCUAAAUGUUUGUGGAAUGACGAUGAAAGGAGAACGAAACUAUCGGGAAUGGGCGAUCUCAAUGAAGAACGCCUUACGUGCCAAACGUAAGGUUGGAUUCAUAGACGGAUCAAUUAAACGACCGACCGAACCAGUUGAAGACGUGGAAGACUGGAUUACGGUGAACUCCAUGAUAGUUGGAUGGAUCAUGACGUCGAUUGACUCGAUGUUGCGGACGAACGUCGCCUACAUGGACGAAGCUCGUGACCUGUGGGACGAUCUCAAGGCUCGGUUCGCCAUAGGAGACUCUAUGCGAACCUAUGAACUGAAAGAUCUAAUAUGAAGCUGCAAACAGAAUGGGACGGCGGUUACAGAGUACUUCGGACGGCUGAAAAUUUGUGGGAGAAAUAUGACGCGAUCAGAAUAAUUCCAUGAUGUGAGUGCCAGGGCUGCAAGUGUGGGGUAGAGAAACAAUUCCUCAAGCAAAUUGAAACAGAAAAGUGCCAAGACUUUUUACUCGGCCUAGAUACUGACAUGUUUGGAGUCAUGCGGUCUAAUAUACUUGGCCAAGAGGAACUUCCUUCAUUGACUAAGUUAUAUAACGUUAUUGUCCAAGAGGAACGCCAUCGCAACAUGACUUGUGGCAAAGAAGAAAAACCGGAGGCUGCCGCCUUUGCGGUACGGCAGAGUGUACCGAUACAAGACGGUGAACAAAAGCUUGUGUGUGGAUAUUGCAAGAAAAACGGGCAUGAUACCGAACAUUGUUUCAAACGAACCGAGAAAUAUCCGGAGUGGUGGUUUGACAACCCGGGAAGGGGACACGGGGGACGUGGUCGUGGGGCAGGGAGAGGACGUGGAAGAACUGUUGCAAAUGCCAUUCAAUCCGGACCAGAAGAAGCUGUCAAGCAGUCGAAGGAAGACAAAGUUGAUUUUUCUGCCUCACGUGUGCCGCCGAUGUUCACCGAAGAGCAGUGGCGUGUUCUCGUAAAAGCAAUGGAAAAUUUUCAGGUGACUUCACCCAAUGAAAAAUUGACAGGUAUGGGUACUAAUUCUGCGUGGCUCCUUGACUCAGGAGCCUCGUAUAACAUGACUGGGCUAGAAAAUGUGUUUAAUCACAAGGAACGUGUGCCGCCACUGUCUGUCACCUUACCUAAUGGAGAAAUAACGCAUGCCACAUAUAUGGGACAUAUACACCUUAGUUCUCAUAUUAAAUUGACAAAUGUAUUGUUUGUACCCGGUUUACGAUGUAAUCUAAUUUCCUUAGCAUGAUUAAUUGAUGAUGCCAGAUGCGAUAUAAUUUUCACAGUGAUUGGAGUGGGUAGAAGAUGCAGGGGGGGGUCUACUAUUUUCACAGUGUGGAAGAAAUUUGUGCGCAUCAAGUGGGAAUAGUGGACUUAAUGGAUUUAUGGCAUGCACAUUUGGGACAUCCUUCGGCUUCAGCAGUGCGUAAAGUUUCCAGUUUUACUAAUAAUGUUCUUAGUUCGGGUUCAGAAAAUAAGGCAUGUGAUGCAUGUUUACGUGCUAAACAAACUAGAG